AUGGCAUCUUCAUUGAUCGUUGCUGCUUCAGCAAUACUGUCAUUGGCUGCUGCUGCACCUGUUCAGGGUGGCAUUCAUUCCGGAUCGCUGAAAGCCAGACAAGCUCCGAGUUGCAACGUAGGCACUCAGGUCGAUAAUCUCGCCGCUUACGACAGUUCAUGCUGGAAUACACUCGAUAUCAUGCCAUAUCUGACAAAUUGGAAGGCGACAACUCCUAUCUGUACCGACGCAGAAAACAGCGCCGGGCAAACACUAAGCUGCUGCGGGGCUUCUGAGCCCUGGUCAACCUGCUUCCUACGCUUGGCUACCAAGCAACUGAAUACCUACGACUGUACCCAACUUGACCCAGCCGAGAGCGUAGGAACUUGCUCCCUUGAAUCCGACGGAGGUCGGGCGUUUGCGUUGGACACUGGCCUAGAUCCGACCAUUGCCUCACAGGUGAAUUAUGUGGUACUAAACAUAAUCAUGAUCAAUAACUUUUUUGGCAUGUAUUACACAGCUCUCCAAACCGUGACAUCGGACCCAGGACAGACCUUGAAUUCUUUGGCCUCCAACAGCGCUUCAACCGAGCUAAACCUGAUGAACGUGGGCUUGGAUUUACAGAACGUGAUGGCGGCAUUGACACUAGGUCUGGCAUUCCCUGAGGUCGCAACCCCCCAGAUCAGCACCGUCUCCUCCGACGGCACAACUACCACAGCCACAAGCCCAACCAAACGUGACCCACAAUCUUCAGACCCGGGCACAUCAUCGAGUUCCGCACCUGCAAGCAGCGCAUCCAUCCUUGCCGGCGGAUGCAGUUACGGCUGGCUAGCCAGUUAUUACCAAGACGGUCGACACCACCGCAGACAAGAGUCAGUCACCUGUGCGAACGGAACACACACCGAAUCAGACCCCAACGCCUCCAGUUCCUCGCCUUUGACCUUAGACCCUACUUCCCCACCGGUCGUCAUCUUCAACCAAGCCCUCCGGCAAAGCCCCAACGUCGCGUCGGCGAUGUGGCCAGCCGCCGUCAACCCCGCCACCGACACCCUCGCCAACCUCCCCAGCGCCCACCUCAACAGCGCCAGCUUCGCUCCCAUCCUCACCGCCGGCCUUCAACCCAUCAUGAACGACGUCGGCACCUUCAUCGCCUUCGCCGGCAACGGCCUCUUCUCCACCCCCCUCACCUCCACCGACGACCCCUCCGUCUACACCUCCGGCUACACCGGCGCCCUGGACACCCACAUCCUCUCCGCCAUCCUCGCCAACAACUCCAUCUCCGCGACCCCCGGCUCCACCGUCGCGGCCAACCCUUGCACGAGCGGUCCCGUGUGCGCCUCGUCGUACUGGUCGCCCGUCACGGGGCGCCAGUACGCCUUCACGGGGUCGGGCACAUCGUCGCUCAUCCAGGAGGCGGUGGCGACGUUGGAGGUGGAUCUCCCGGUGCUGUUCGACGGCGCCUACAAUUGCACCUUGGCGGGCCGGGCGGGCGGGUCCGUGGUGAGUCUGAAUCCGGACGGUUCGUUGGACAUGGCGUGUUUGAGCGUGCUGCCGAUGUAUGUGGGCAAGGGCGGGUGUCCUGCUGGCGCCGUGUGGGUGGAUGGGAAAUGUCCGUUCGGUUGA